AUGCUGCCCCUCUGCCUCGUGGCCGCGCUGCUGCUGGCCGCCUGGCCCGGGCCGAGCCUGGGAGACGAAGCCAUCCACUGCCCGGCCUGCUCCGAGGAGAAGCUGGCUCGCUGCCGCCCCCCCGUGGGCUGCGAGGAGCUGGUGCGGGAGCCCGGCUGCGGCUGCUGUGCCACUUGCGCCCUGGGCAAGGGGAUGCCCUGCGGGGUGUACACUCCCCGCUGCGGCUCGGGCCUGCGCUGCUACCCUCCCCGGGGAGUGGAGAAGCCCCUGCACACACUGAUGCACGGGCAAGGCGUGUGCAUGGAACUGGCGGAGAUCGAGGCCAUCCAGGAAAGCGUGCAGCCCACCGAGAAGGAUGAAGGUGACCACCCCAACAACAGCUUCAGCCCCUGCAGUGCCCAUGACCGCAAGUGCCUGCAGAAGCACUUCGCCAAGAUUCGAGACCGGAACACCAAUGGGGGCAAGAUGAAGGUCAUCGGGGCACCCCGGGAGGAAGUCCGGCCUGUGCCCCAGGGCGCCUGCCAGAGUGAGCUGCACCGGGCCCUGGAGCGGCUGGCCGCCUCCCAGAGCCGCACCCACGAGGACCUGUACAUCAUCCCCAUCCCCAACUGCGACCGCAACGGCAACUUCCACCCCAAGCAGUGCCACCCCGCCCUGGAUGGGCAGCGUGGCAAGUGCUGGUGUGUGGACCGGAAGACAGGAGUGAAGCUUCCGGGGGGCCUGGAGCCGAAGGAGGAGCUGGACUGCCACCAGUUGGCUGACAGCUUCAACGAGUGA